AGGAGCUCCAGUCUGCUCCGUCUGCGUUACAUGACCCGAGUGUAAUAGUAACCGAGUGCGAUUUUAAGGCGUACCCGUUACGAGUCGCAAUUUUCAAAUGUGUAUCGAUGUGUCCGGUCGGAGAUUGCAGUGUCGGUACUGUCGCAUAUGUACAUACGUUGCCGCAACGGGAAUUGCACGAAAUCCCGAGAUAACUUUGAGAUCUUGUCUUCUUUCUGCAAAAGCUAUGCUCGGAUAUUUUCGAAAACAAGUCGAGACGUUCGAGAGGUAAAGUAAGAAAGAGAGGAAGAGGAAGAGAGAGAGAGAGAAAGAGAAAAAAAAAAGAAAUAGAAAAAGAGUGGUGACAUAUACACAGGUAAAUCUAUAAAUAUAAACGUGUGUGUACGCGCGAUACACACACCGUACGUGAUUACUCGCGGGCGGUAUGUGUAGUACAUAUAUAUAUGGUGAUAUGUGAAAAAGGAAAACAAGAAAGGAAAAGAUCCCAUCUUAAAGUGAAUACAUUUCGGAGCGUACGAGAUUAUGUCUGUGUGCUCUCCAUGCGUGUCGCACGCGUCUAUACGUGCGUAUGUGGCUUGAGGUUGAGGUAUAUCCGAAAACGGAUGCACGUAUAGAGGCGUGUGUGCGCAAUAAGUGUACAGUAAAAGAGUGUCGUCGUUUUUUCGUGCCCAAAGAGUUACACACGAGUAAGAAAAAGUCGAAAGAGAGCGGAAGAAGCGGUGCGUUCGGAUUGACUCGCGUUAUCAACAGUGGGUCACAGUCGCAACACGCAGGCCGAAGCACGGAGACGAAAGAUCGGGCGAGAGAAUAUCUUUCGCAUGUUUUGAGAUAGCUUCCUACUGCUGCACUGCGCUGCAGCGCGUGCGGUGCCUGUGUGCUGUGUGCGAUAUCGUGUCGUGUCGUGUCGUGCCGUACCGCUCUACGAGGCAGAGCGGUGUAACGUCGACACGAACGCGUGUGCAUCGCGAGAAGGAAUUAUGCUCAACACCGGGGAAAUGGAUCGGCCGUGCGCAGUGCCGGGAAGUGCUUGUGGUGUGACGUGUGAUUGAGGGAAGCCAGGGCCGCAAAAUAAAUCCCCAUACGCGGAUUUAGUGGUAUACGAUGUGGUGUUCUCCGGCGACGAUACUGAUUCUCGCAAUCAUAAUCGUCAGUGGUGUCAGCUAUCAAGGCUCCUAUUCCUUCUUCUCCGCCUCUCCCACGUUGACGACGGAGCGCGUCGCGGCGAGUAAGUUUGAUCGCGGGAGCCACGUCGUCGCCGCCGUCGUCGUCGCCGUCGUCGUUGCCGUCGUCGUUGCCGUCGUUGUUUCGGCAAUCGCAGCCACUGUUGCUGUUUUUGUCGUGUCUAUCGUUGUUGCGUUCGCGCACGCACGUGCAAUCGAUUCAACGUGUCGCGUCAUCGACGACAGCAUUCGUCGCGUGUGCUCGGAUCCUCGUCUCGUCUUGCCGGUUAGUGACUAGUGAUCGACCGUUCGUUUCGCCGCAGUGAUCAAAUUGGGAGUAACAAAGGCGAGAGAAGGAGGGACGUGUGUAACGAUUGAUUCGCUGUCAGUGUAAAAUAAAGUGAAGACAAGAGCGGAAGUACGUGAGUUCCUAAAAGUAAAAGGAGAAAAAAGGUAAAAAGAGGGAGAUAAAAAGUCAGUCAGAGUUUUAAAUCGACCGAAAGAAAUAGCGCGCUCUGCGUGUCAAGUGAAGUGUGCGGUGAAUUAUUGUUCCGGUCGAGGUUGUGUGUCGUUAUACAGUACCUCCAAACGAUACCACAACAUCCGAUCCCAAAUGAAGAGUUCGGAGCAAAAUGGUUAGAGAGACACGUCACCUGUGGGUUGGAAAUCUGCCGGAAAACAUCCGAGAGGAUCGUAUUAGGGAUCAUUUCAAACGGUAUGGACGCGUGCAGAGCGUCAAGCUGCUGCCACGGGGUGAGGAAUGCCCCGUGGACGGAGGUUCCAGCAGUUCCCUUGGCGAGGGCAAUGAGGGCGGUUCCGGUUCCAAUUCAGGCGGCGGCGGAGGCGGGGGUGGCAGUUCCUCGACCAGCGGGGGUGCGUCAGCGACGGUGGCGUUCAUGGAUAUCAAAUCCGCAGCGAAGGCUCACGCGAUUGAGCAUACGUUGGACGAACGAACUCUUACGACACAGUACUACGAGCCACAACAUCUUCAGCCUAGAUUCGCCUCGCACGGAAGUUCGGAGGAUCAUGGAUCCGGCGGCGGUAGCGGUGGAAGCGGCGGCGGAACAGGCGGCGUUUCCGGCGGCAGCGGCGGUGGUAGCGGGAGCACCGGCGCCGGGGUCGGCGGUAGCGGCACUGGCGAACGAGGAGAGAGGGGAAGCGAGAGUUUCGACUCACGUGGGUCUCACGGUAGCUUCUACGGUAGCGAGAGGAACAGCCGUGUGGUUGGCGGGAGCAGCGGCGUCGUCGUCGGCGGCGGAGUCGGCGUCGGCGGUCAUCCGGCAGAUCCCGCGACGGGGGAUCCUGGCGGUUACAUAUCCCGCGGCCGUCCACCUGCGAGCUCUUACCACGUGACAUCGAGCAGGGCGAGGGAUCGGUACGCAAGAUCCGGCCCGUAUAUCACUGGGCCGCCACCGCCCCCGCCCCAUUUAGAUCGUCAUCGUGGAAGUCUGCCGCCGUCGUCCUGGUCGGCGUAUGAGCCGACAGGUUCGAGAUACGGUGGCGCACCACCGCCACCUUCGCCCGCUACUAACGACGCGUACCAAGAUGAGCAAGGAGUUGGCGGCGGAGGUGGUGGUACCGGUAGUAGUAGUACUCUGCGACAACACAAGAAGCAACGCAGAAAAUCACGUAGUGGGAGCAGUUCGCCGAGCGGCAGUAGUCGUUCCGGAAGUAGUAGUAGCAGUCGGAGCGGUAGCUCCGGCGGUAGCAGUUCCGGAAGCACGUCGCCUGGUAGCCCGGUAUCGCCGCAUCGCACGAGCAAUGUAGCCGUCGCGGAGGAUCGCAGGCCGUUGGCUAUCUGUGUGAGAAAUCUGCCAAUCCGCAGUAGCGACACCUCUCUCAAGGAUGGCCUUUUCCACGAAUAUAAAAAACACGGCAAAGUGACGUGGGUGAAAGUUGUCGGCUCAGGUGAUGACAGAUACGCCCUCGUCUGUUUCAAGAAGCCCGAGGAUGUCGAGAAAGCCCUCGAGGUUUCACAAGAUAAACUCUUUUUUGGAUGUAAGAUUGAAGUAGCUCCUUAUCAGGGUUACGAUGUGGAGGACAAUGAGUUCAGGCCGUACGAGGCGGAACUCGAUGAAUAUCAUCCAAAGGCAACGAGAACGCUGUUUAUCGGAAAUCUCGAAAAGGAUGUCACUGCGUCCGAACUCAGAAAACAUUUUGAGCCGUUCGGAGAGAUAAUAGAAAUUGACAUUAAGAAACAAGGUGCCGUGUCUAGUUAUGCUUUCUGUCAAUAUUCGGAUAUCGGUAGUGUCGUUAAAGCUAUGAGGUCGAUGGACGGUGAACAUCUGGGCGCGAAUCGGAUCAAACUCGGAUUCGGAAAGUCGAUGCCCACAGCCUGCGUUUGGGUUGAUGGCAUUGGAGAUGGUAUGUCCGAGAAAUAUUUAAACAUGCAGUUUCAUCAGUUUGGAUCGAUAAAUCAAGUAGCAGUGGACAGGGAACGUGGACACGCUUUGGUCUUUUUCGACCAAAUCAGCUGCGCGCAAACUGCCGUCAAAGAAAUGAGAGGAGCUGCUCUUCGUGGCCGUCGUUUACAGGUAGAUUUCGCCUCGAGGGAGUGUCAAGAGACGUUUUACGAACAUCUCGAACGUCAAGGAAACUCCACUGAAAAAACAUGGGAAUCUAGGCCUUCACCAGCGUCGUCGUUUGACGUAACGAUUCCUUCUAGGCGGGAACGUGGCAGUUUUGACUCGGCGGUAACAGUAUCUAGCUCAAGCAGCAGGUUCACGCGUUACGAUACUCCACCGCGAUCGAGAACGGCAAGCUAUUCGCGAACCUCCGGUGGUAGUACACCGGGUGCGAGUCCAGCUCAUCCAACAGCGAUGUCGCGAAGUAGCAGACGGUCCUAUCAGGAUUCCUACUAUGAUGGUGAUUAUGGUGAACCGACGCCGCGAAGAUUCCGCAGCUACGACGAGUUCAGUCAAGGCAGCGGCACGAGUCACGAUGACUACCAAAGCAGCGUUCUCAGUGACGGCAAACUUAAUGACGACGAAUGCCCGCCACCAUCACGGCGUCAUACUGUGCAAAGUGUCGUUACGAGUGUCGAUCCACCUGCACCACCGCCACCGUUGCUACCUCCGCCCGAUAUUCGGCACCUGCAGAAGGAACGCGUCCAUUUGUUGGAACAACUUGAGGAAUGUCAAAGUAGCGGCGACGAGGUCGGUUUCGUUCCGAAGAAACGUGCGAAGCUUGAUAGCUCAUCGACGACAAUACUCUGUGAAGACGACGAGCCGGAAAUUGCGUCUUUACUCGUUACCUCGCACUCUAAUAGGAAAGGCAUGGAAUUUAGACGUGUUAGUGAUAGCAAAGUAGUGGUGCACCAUGGUACAAGAAGAAGUAGUUGCGAGGGAAGAGGUCCUGCACCUUGUAAGCGUCGUCGGGAUGCCACUAGCAGACAUCACGAACAUCAUGAUGGAUCUCGACCAGGUACUCCUCUUGUCGACGAAAGACCGGAGAAUCUGGUACCCAGUGAGCCAAGACGUUUCAGAGAAAGGAGCCACGAGGGUCCGUUGUCGCUACCAUUACCUAGGUUCGCGGCACAAAUGUUGAACAACAAUAACAACAAUAGCAGUAGCAAUAACAAUAAUGGCAGCAGCACUCGACUGAGCAGUGCGAGCCUCUCCAAAGUUGCUAGUCCGCCGUGUGCCAGCCUGUCUACUGCGCCUAGUCCUCGUGUGGCUCCGCAACCACCGGCUUCGCCACCUCCGAGACAUACCAGCUCGAGUCCGACCAGUUCCGACAGCGAGACAGCGUCACAGUCUCCUACUCUGGAAGAGAGAAUACGUUCUCUGGAUGAAAUGUACGAGAAGUGGUCCGGUUCGAGAGCAUUAAGUGCCGCCAGUGGUGACGCUCUGGCGAAACUCGAUGCCAUUGUUUCGGAAAGAUUCCGAUUUCCCCAUAAACUGCUUGAAAAUGACUAUAAAGGUGUUGAACCUUCGGAAAUUAUGAAAUCAGUUCUUGCGAAAAGAAGCGUGUUCGAGGAGGACUCGAAGCGACUGGAGAAUUUUAGUGAAAAAUACGAACCGCGAGAAUUCACUGGUGUUAGCUCUAUGAUCGGUAGCACUGCUGGCCUUACCACUAGUGGCAGCUGUACCGGCAAAGUUUGCUUGCAAUAUCCGUUUCCUAGUCAUCCGCCGGUACAGUCGACCAGCAGUACUUCGGUUAGCAGUCAGGUUGGCAUUAAUAUGUCAUUAUCCGCGAAUCUGAUUCCAACAACGACUAUGGCUCCGUCGACGUUGAAGACAGAUCCGCGGAUGGUACAUAUUUGCAUGCAUCCAACGCCAGCAACACCGAUUACACCUGGCACAUCUGUCAAAACAGUCAGUCCCGAAUUACCACCGGUUUCUCUACCAAUCGGUCUUGGUAGCGGAACGGUAGCCAGUAGCGGCAAUGGUAGUGGUUUAGCGUCAGCCAGUAGUCUUCUAAGCAGUAACGGUAGCGUAAGUAAUAUUCACACCCUCGGAGCCUCGACACAUCGAGGACUGAACGUAUUAGCCACGAUGACAGCAGCGUCAACAAACACUUUCUCAACUGCAAUAACAACAACGGCGAUAUCUGUUACGACGUUGAGCGCAACAACAUCGUCAUCAUCAACGACGACGACGACGACGACGACGAUGUGCGCAACGAGCACGUUAUCUUCCAUGACUACUACAGUUUGUUCUGUAGCUACAGCGUCUUCCAUACCAUCCUCAUCCAAUUCUUCCUCAUUAUCGUCAUCAUCCCAAUCUUCCACAGAAUUGCCUCGUUCUCGUUUAAAGAAAGAAAGCAGUGGUGGUAGUCGAGACAGUAGAGAUUCUCGCGACGGAAAGGAUAGCGGCAGGGAGUCGAAGCAUAAUAAGGGAAAAGAUUGUCAACGAAGAUCGUCGCGAAAGGAAGAGAUCGACGUUGAAAGAAAUCGCAAAGACAGAGACGAAAGAGAGAGCGCGAACGUCGCCAACGACAUCGGCAGCACAGAUAUUCAUAAUCGAGAUUUUAAGGAUAAUAAAGAAUUGAGAUACGAGCGAAAAGAACGAGAUAAAGAAGAUCGAGACAAACAAGAACGAAAGGACAAGGAAGAUCGCGACCGUCAGGAAAAGAAAGAGAGAGACGAGCGCGAGAAGCGUGAGAAAGACGAGGAAAAGCGCGAAAGAGAGAGAUUGGACAAGGAACGACAGGAGAAGGACAGAAGAGAACGGGAAGAAAGAGAAAAAGAAAGAGAACGCGAGAGAAAGGAGAAGGAGGAAAUUGAGCUCAAAGAGAAAGAGAGACGAGAAAAGGAACGUAUCGAUCGGGAAAAAAGGGAAAGGGAGGAGAAGGAGCGACAGGAACGGAGGGAACGCGAGGAACGCGAAAGAAAAGAGCGCGAGGAACGUGAGAGAAAGGAGCGGGAAAUUCGUUCGGAGCGCGAAAAGCAGGAAAAAGAGCGUCUUAGAAGAGAAAGAGAGGAACAAGAGAGGAGAGAUAAGGAAGAACGGGAGAGAUUGGAACGUGAAAGGAGGAGAGAGGAAAAGGAGCGACUCGAACGAGAAAGGAAACGAGAGAGGGAGGAAAAGGAGAGGCUGGAACGUGAACGGCGAAAAGAAAAGGAAGAACGGGAGAAGGCGGAAAAGGAAAAGUGCGAGAAAGAAGAACGGGAGAGGCUCGAGAAGGAGAAGCACGAGAAACGACGAGAACGCGAGGAUCAGGAAAGGCGGGAGAAAGAGAAGACGGAACGCGAGAAGAGGAGAGAACGCGAGGAGAAGGAUAAAGAAAAGCGAGAACGCGACGACAGCAGACGACAGUCGACCGAGAAUCAUCUGCAUUCGUCUGUUACGCAGUCUCAGACACAAGUUGUUCCCGCACCUGUGCCGGUUAAGCGCAGGUGCUCGUCUCAGGACGGUCCCACGGAUGAAGAAGCUAAACGUAUGAAGAUUUCGGACCAUCGACGGGAUAGCAAAGAUCGAUCUAGGCAGAACAGAAGAUCGGAAGAUCGUAAGCAUCGUAACGACUCGCAUCGUUCUAGUCGAGAUAGCAGGGAGAAUCGCGACAAUAAAGAUAGCGGUAAUGUCAUACAGGAUAGCAGAGACAACACGCACAGCGAAUCGAAUCGGGAGAACAACUCGAGAGAUAAUAACGGUAGCAAGGAGAAACAGAGGAGUAAGAGAAAUCGAUCGGAAAAGUCGAGGGAACGUAGCCCGAGAGUCUCGCACGAAUCCGACAAAGAAUAUUUAUCAAAAUUAGAACUAUCCAAGCGAAAUGACUCGAGUUUGUCAACCGAGUCGGCGUCAAAUCACACGAGAGACGUGCAACAUCAUCAGCAGCAGCACUCUCAGUUGAACUCGCACAGUGACAUAGACGACGGUCCGCUUUCCACUCACGAGAUGCAAGUUACGAGAAACCCGUCGGCUACGGAUACGGACAGUGACGAGCCAAAAAAGCACUCGAUCUUCGAUAUUGUCGUCGACGAGCCUGCUUACAUCAGUAUGUACGACAAGGUGAAGGCUCGCUCGACGAAGAACAUGCAAAAAUUGGAGGAAGAGAAACGUCAAGUGCGUCUCAAGGAUAAAUUUUCGCAAUUGAAGCAAAGUCGCGCCAGACGUGAAGAGAAGAAACAGAGUACGUCGUGGGACGGAGAUUCAGUGAGCAGCAAAGCUCUGACCGAGGACGAGGCCACGUCGGAAUCGGACUCGACGAGAACCAAAUCUCUAUCUAGAAAAGGUUCGCGAUCACGAAUACACUCGGAUACGAGCGAGGAGGAAGAACCGUUCAACAACAAGGUUCGCAAGCCUGUAAAAGCAGACAGAUUCAUCGAGAGCGAUGUAGAUUUUAAUUUUGCCGAUACCGAUGAGAAGCAAAAUUCGUUGGAAACUUCGAACAGCGUCGUUGUGAAUAGCGUGCACGCGAACAUUAAAGAAGAACCUCGUACGUCUGACGAGGACGAGCGAGUGUCUGUUGGAUUCCGAACUAAUCAUUCGUCAAUAGUGAACAAUCACGAGAGAGAUUCGCGAAAGAAGUCCCAUAAAAAGAAACAGAAACGUCAGAAGAGCAGUAUGUCGAACGAAAAUAAUUUAAAGAUAGAAUCGACCGAGACUUUAGAACAUAAGACUAAAACAAAUGCCAUUACGUCGAACGCGGAUUGUCGACCGAAUCACGGGACGGAAUUGAACACCAUCACCAAUACUGCGAGCAUUGUCUUGGAGAACGCCGAAGAGAGAAUGCGCGCCGAUAAGAAACAACGUAGCAAAAAGGACAAGAGACGCGAUCGAAAUGGAGAAGAUAAAGCCAAAGCGAGACGAAAGAGGCUCAACAGACAAGAGGCGAGAGAUUCUCAACGAAUGGAAGACAUCUUCGGCCCUCUCUCGGACGACGUUGACGACGCUCCGUCUGAUACAUUUUUCAACAGAUUUAGCAACAUUACAGCGGAGAACAAUGUUUACGCUUCGGACAGCGAUGGUGGUCGCAGCUCGCUCGACAUGGAUAGAGUAAGACGGAAAACGGAAAAGAAACGGCGUCAUCAAUUGGAAGACGAGAACAGUGUCGAUUUGGCUGAAGCUGGUCGAGAGAUUGAGGCGAAGCUUUUGGGCAUACCUAGUUCUCCAAAGAGCGCUCCCGCUUGCACCGAACCUAGCGAUCACGAUGUUUUUCGAUUUACUGAUGAUAACGACAGUAUCGAACCGUCCACACCUUCGACGGUGCCGGAAAAGGUGAAGGAGAAAAAGAAGAAACGAAAGAAAUCCAAGGAGGAACGUAGUCGAAAAGAUUAUCAUCACCAUCAUCACCACCAUCAUCAUCAUCAUGAAAAGAGCGGCGAAUUACCUUACUUGGGUGCCGAACCUAGUCCGCCGAGAUCGAGUAGUCCGUUAGUAUUGUCUAAAACAAUAAUAUCGCCUAGCUUGCCGACGCCUAGAGAAACACUGUUAAGCCCGAUACCUAAAGUAACUUCCAGUAUAUCAGCUGUGACGUCCAUUACUCCUCCAGUUGUGAGUAGUGCUAUUCAAGCCUCUAAACCGGAGAAGAAGAAAGACAAGUUUAUACCUGGUUUUGGAAUAGAAAUGGAUGAGACAAUUCACGAAAAUGCCGUGAAGAGUAUAUCGGAGCCUGAUGAGAGAGAUAGCAGUUGCCAAUCGCGUAGCGGCAGGGAAGAACCGGAAUUGCCUGUGCAAACAAUACCUCCGACUCAGAUAAGUCCAGAUGGCGAAGACAAACCGCGUGUUGCGAUAUCGCAGGAGGAAACGGAAGAUGCUGUUGCUGCGUUACUUGAAGAAACGUUCGGCGCCUCGACGGAAGACUUCUCUUACGAAGGCGAAGAGGAAGAAGCGGAAGCUGAUGGGGUUGCCGAGACUCCAGCUGAGGCACCGCAAGAAGACGUCGAAGAAAUGCAACAAGCCGUCGAGAGUCUGAACGCUUCGACGGGAGAAGGCGAUACGGACAUGAAGCCAGAUACACCACAGAGUGAGCACGAUCUUCAGAUCGACACGGACACGGAAGAAGAUCCGAAUUACGAGACAGUCGAUUUGACACAACCACCAAAGACACCGGAUAUACCAUCUUUCUAUAAAUCUCCAACGAAGACGUUGAAUAUGACGCCCGUCUUAACCACACCGGAGAAACCGGUCGAAGUGCGAUUGUCCCCGCCUCCGGUUACGAAGUCGCAGACUCCGCCGACUUCUGUAAUCGCUCAUUCUUGGACUUUAAGUGAGAACAAUAAGUCUCGCGAAUCCGUAAAACCUACAGUACAGUUAGAAACUUCCGACACGGACGCUGAUUGUGUCACUAGUCCGGAAAGAACAGCUCAGGUAGAUAGAGCGUCCGCGUCGCCGCCUCCGUCUCAAUACAAGCCUAUGCUACUACCUUGUAACGUUCCGAUCACAAGCGAAGCACCAAAAUCACUUCCGAGUUCACCGCGACCACCACCGAUCACGGUACAGCCUUUGUAUCAGAGGCUAUCUGUGUCUCCGCAAUCUCAAAUGGUACCGAUGCGCCAGGCUUCUCCGAAAUUGCAAAAUCCUACGACGGUUUCUUGCUCAUCCUCUACCAACACAACGCCAAUGCCACCAUUAGUCUCGUCGAGAAUACCGUCUUUGGUAAUGUCAUCACAGUCAUCGCCACGUGUCACGCAGCCGCUUUCACCUAACGGUCAGUGGUCACGGAAUGGUCCUACGUUGGUGAAUCCUCAUAUGCCUAACAUAGGGAAGAGGAAAUCUUCGCCGCCACCUACCAAGAUCGCGGUGUGCAUGCCCAUUCCUGCUCACUCUGCUAGACCAGAAACUCCAGUUCAACAAGUUUAUUCGACCGCGGCAACACAACAGCCAGUAAUUCAACAUGCUUCGGGAAUGUUGGCGCCCGUGCCGGGUUAUCCUCGCGGCGGUUUACCACCGUUGACUCUGAAUAUUCCACCGCGACCUUACAUGCCAGUACCACCAUUGGCGUCCGGUGUACAAGUGAAAAAUUCGCGCGACUCUUCUCUCGGCGGCAAGUCUGUAAUUGAGACAUUGCUUCCUGUAAAUCCGAACGAACUGCCACAAAGAUUGGAAGAACCGAAGUUGUCACCAGCUGUUAUACCUGAAACAACUCACAAAGCAUCCACGUCUCCUAAAGUUCCUUCGCCAAAUCAACCACCGACAUACCCUCCUGAAACGGCAAAGAUCACCGCCAAUAUGUCUAGCCCAAUAUUUAACAAACCGUACCUCACGGACUACACAAUGUCUUCUACAAUGUCGUCUAGACAAAAGCACGCUUUAACUAUCGCAGCGGACGAUCGUUUAUCGCCACCUCAGAAGCUAGAGAAUGUUGGUCAACUUUUGACUACGCAUGUCUCUCGAGCUUCCACUAGUCCCGUUAUCAUGACCGUAGCUCACGGUCAAUCUCAUUUGCUUCACAAAUCUGUCCACAAUCUCGGUCCACCGCCUGUCUCAUCGCCGAAUCAACCACUGGUAAAAACUGUGGUGCCUGUAGUUCCUCAGCAAGUAACACCAACUGUUCCGUCAUCAAUGCCCAGCGACAAAUGUGUUAUCACGCAAACGUCUCUCGCUUGUCAGAGACAGUCGCCGGUUUCGCAGAGUCAGUUGGUUAAAUCACACGUACCACUAAUAUCAACGGUGUCUCAGUCACAGAUUAUAACCAGGGUAGUACCGUCGACUGUGUCAUCUGUGUCGACGUCAUCGAUGAACGAACAAGCUUCAUCGGAGUGUUUAGAGUCACAUGUAAUUCAAGAACAGCCGUUAGAGUUAGAUGCUGAAGCGCAGAUCAGUCAAACUGUUCAACCGAUGCUGCUUACACCGCCUAUACAAACAACACAGCCAAUUGACGAGAUAAAACAAGAACCAGUUGAGGUCAAAAAGGAGGACACGAUGGAAGAGACUGAAUACAAUAUUGCCGAUUCUAAAAAGCCUCUCAAUCAGACAUGCGUAGAUGAUGUAAAACCAAAACAAGAAUUGCAAGAAACAAUUAAGAUGGAAAGUCUACCGUCUGUUCCUAAAGUCGAAGCUGAUGAUAUAGUCGUGCCAAAACUUGAGGCAGAAACUUCUAUAAAAUUGGAACUUGAGAACGAAAUAAAAGAAGAAAACGCUAUAAAGGAAAAUGAGGAUGUAGAAUUAGAUGAUCAGCCGGUAGAAGAUCCGCUUAAAGAGCCAAGUACGGAUCCUCUUGCUAUCGAUUCCAAAGACGAUCCAACUGACAGCAAAGAAGAUAGCGAUUAUUGGUCCGCGAAGGAAGUAAACAUCGAAAGCGUCAUAAAGAAGGUCGAUGCUCUAUGCGACGGUGAAGGUAACGACGGCGACGAGGAAGUGCAGCAAACUGAGAGCGCGAAUAGCGACUCGCAUGACACCAGUAAGAACGAAUCAGAUUGGUUUGACGCCGAGUCGGCGGAAAGUGAGAUCAAAAAGAACUUUGUGUCCACUGACGAUCACGACGAGAGCGCGGAAACGUGCGAAAAUGAGGUUACAAGGAGCCGUCGCGGCAGAGCAAAAAGCAGGCGUGGUGGUCGUGGCGGCGUUACAACGAGACGAGGUAGGAAUGCGAGCAACGUUUCUCACAAACGAGGAGGUAGAAGUCCCAGAGGUAGCAAGCACCAUGUCGAAAAGAGUAAAUUGCCGGCCGAUGUUUACGAAUUCCACGAUGACAGCGAAGAGGACAACGCUGGUCGUCCGCGACUUAUUCUCACUAUCAAAUCUCCCGGACCGAAUGUUACAGGAUCUAAUGCGCAGCCGACAACACCAGUGGCCGCGGUUAAGGAAGUACCACCGGAGGAGUUUGUUUCUCCAGCUGCCAACACGAGAAAAUCUAGAAGAUUGGCGGAAAGAGAUGGCAGUCGUAAUACGGUUGACGAUGUGAUCGAGGAUGUUGUCCGUGGAUCACCCGCAAACAAAGGAUUAGUCAGUAAUGCCGGAAAUGUUCAUGCUACCAGACGAAGCACCAGACACAACAACACUCCGCGUAAUGCUACACAGCCACCUGUCGUACAAUUAACGGAACUCCGUAAAUCAACUAGGGGCAGCCGUAAAGCAGCGAGGCGAAUAUCCGAAAACAAUGACGACAGCGGAGAGGAGAAGCCAAAAGAAGUGCCCGCAACGCAACAAGAGACCAAACCAAGUCCUCCACACAAAGAAGAGCCAAAACUAACUCAAGUGGAAAGUCCGAAAGCGGAAGAGCAACCUGCUCAAGUUGUUGCGUCAGCGCCGCAGAAAGCGGUAUCGCUCGAACCGAUGACAUUAAUAGAUCCAGUCACGGGAAUGCUGAUACCAAUGAGAGAAUCUGAGGAGGGUCAAUACAUUCCGGUGUCUACAACAUCCGGUCAAGCGCAGAAUACUAAUAAAACAUUGAGCGAACCUCGAAACGAUCGUGUUAGCACAAAUUCGACAAGCGAAGCACCGCGAGUGAAAACUGAAAGUUCUCCUUCGUCAACACCAGCGGAGACUAAGAAAGAAGUUGUUGCGGAACAACCACCUUGCCCACCAACUCAGCAAAUCCAACCGCAAACUAGUGUAAUUACUAAGUCGCAAUCUCCAGCAAUACAGGUUACCAGUACUAUUACUGUUGCGCAGUCUUCGGCGACAAGUACACCGACAUCUGUCGUUACUACCGUGAUACCAACUACGGCAGUACAAGCAGUGCCCGUCUCUUCUUCUCAAACGAAACCUACGAGCCUCAAGGCGCACGUGUUGAACGCUAGCAAGCUGGCGACUUCGACUCAGCAACAGCAAGUUGCUGUCACAAAACCAAUGCCUCCAAGUUUACCCAAUCAAACGAUAGUACAGAACAUUGUUAAACCUCCCGUGCAGCAUGUGCAAUCUGUGCAAGCUCUUAACUUACAGAUACCGCCUGGUAGAGUCACGUCACCCAGUUUGAGUCCCUUGAGUGCGAAACAAACGGUGCAAUUGUCUUCGUCGAAUGGUAAGCAGGGUCAACCUAUGUCUCCCGUGCUCAAUAACACCGGAGUACCGCCUAAUCCUAAACAGCAUCUCCUGCAAGCCGCUAAACAACAACAGCAACAACAACAACAACAACAACAAACAACAACGAUAGUGAAUAUGUCUCAAAAGAUACCUUUAAAUCUGCAUUCUAAUGUAAACGCUAUUUCUCCGUCAUCGAGAAUUCAUCAACCAGUUUCACAACCUACCGCUCUCAAGGGUAUCAAUGGACAACCUCAGCCACUAAAUCCGAAAGCACACUUACUGCAAGCUGUGGUCCCGCCACUUAUUGCUGGAACGGUGACAAGUUCACCCUCGCAACCACAUCUCGUUAAUCCACAGCCGAUUUCAACUGGCGUAAGCAAUGUCCGACCACCAGGACCGAAACCACCUGUUGUCACAAAUACAAUGGAGCCCCAAAAAGUAGAAUUACCGAUUUCUGGUUGUAUCAUGCCAACUACAAGUCCGCAAGCUCGUAGUGUUCCGAUGCCGACAUUCGAGGCUCCACUGCACGGCACGGGUGCUACUCCACCAAGCGGUCAAUAUGGUCUUGUUCCCCCACAUCGAUCCCAAAGCCCUCCCUUGCCACCACCUGCUCAUCAUCAUGUUAAUACCUCACAGAUAAUCUCUUUGCAGAGCGAAGUUGUCAAUCAUUACGGAGGAUUAAAUCGUGGGGAGUUGCCGCCACAUUAUCUGCAUUCUCAAAUGUUGCAGUACUCUCAAUAUCUACGUGCGCAGCAGGAAGCAUUAACGGCUCCUCGCAUAGCUUAUCACAUUCCAGGAACAAGAUCUCCACAUCUACCUUUGGAUCCAAAACUUGAAACUGGUAUAGAAGACACUCACAGUCCACCUUUGGAAUUGAGACGGGGAACGAGAACACCUCAGGAUCGCACUACCGACAGUCCACAAGUUGCUCAAGUUUACAUGUUAGGAGGAGUAAGAUUACCACCACCGCCGCAGUACAACGCGGGAAGCAAUCCAUCGUUACCCGGUGCACCAGUUGGCGCUCGAGCGGGCUACUACGAACCGCCACCUGCGCAUUUACGAUCUCAAUAUCCCAUGCCUGCCAGUGAGGCACCACCCGAAAUGGGUAGAGCUACAACACCAGAAAGAUGCAGAAAACAUCAGGUCGUCACACCACCGCCCUAUGCGUCUCAGGUGCCACCGCAAGCGGACACGUUUCAAAUGCUGCUCCAACGUUAUCCGGUUAUGUGGCAAGGUUUACUAGCGCUCAAAAACGAUCAAGCAGCGGUACAGAUGCAUUUUGUCUUUGGCAAUCCCAACGUAGCUAGAGACAGUCUGCCAUGCAACAGCGACGGGUCCACACCACCGUUAAGAAUAGCUCAACGAAUGAGAUUAGAACAAACUCAAGUUGAGGGCGUAGCGAGAAAGAUGCAGACUGAUAAUGAACAUUGCAUGCUGUUGGCAUUACCUUGUGGUCGUGACGAAGUAGACGUAUUACAACAGAAUAAAAACCUUCAAACAGGAUUUAUCAUGUAUCUUCAACAAAAACAGGCUGCUGGAAUCGUAAACAUUGCUGUACCCGGAUCGCAACAGCCGGCAUAUGUAGUUCACAUUUUCCCGUCCUGUGAUUUUGCGCAUGAAAAUUUGGCAAGAAUCGCACCGGAUCUACUUCAUCGUGUCGCAAAAAUCGCUCAUUUGCUAAUCGUAAUAGCUACAGUUUGAGACCAAUCAGUGACCUACUGGAUUAUGAUCUAUGUUUUCGCCUUCGCGCAUCAGGAUGCUUCGUACAUGGCAUGAAGCCUGGAGUGUCCGCCUGACUUUACACGUAGUGCAAAAGAGGGAUGCGUUUAAUGCGAAGAGCUCCUUAUCUGGAGUUGUAUCAGUGACAAUCAAAUGGAACCCGGCGGUAAGCCAAUCUUUAGAUCGUAGGCCUAAAGCGAGGCACAAGGUUGUGCGAUGAAGCGAGGUUAGCACGUUUGAAUGCGUUGAUACUAUAUUGUGCAUGCCUCUCUUCGACAAAAUUCGCGCGGGCAAAGUUCGUUUCCUUUUUAUUUUUUUUUUAUUUUUUUUUUUUUUUAUUUUUUUUUCUUGAUUGGGAAGGGGAGACGGCUUGCAACUCGCGUCAAUUACUGACAACGUUUGUGGGAUAGACCGACAUUACACUCUUGGUCUUUCUGACAAGCGAGUUAGGGCACAACCCCAGCGCCUUCAUAUAAGACCUUCGAUUCGUCACACCAUGCAUUACUUACUUACGCUCGUCCUUUCUAUAGAGGAAACUAUAAUAAUCCGUUGCUCUAGUUGAAGAAAUCAACCGAAGUAAAAAUUAAAUGAGUAAAAUAAAAAGAAUAGGGAAUCCCUAUUCUGUACCCUAUCACUAUGACACAUGAGCUAUUUUAAUUAAGGCUUAGGCAUUAAUGAUAAAUUGUAUAAAUUAUAAGAAAGCCACUGAGGGCAUAACUACUGUGAUUUUAAGUAUUUAAUGAUAAAUAUAUAAUCGCGCGUAAAAAAAAAAAAAAGAGGAAGAAGACAAAAAGUAAAAACAUAUAUAAGAGGGUGCCCGAUUAAAUGGACCGUAUGUGAUGUGUGUGUUUUUGUAUAAUACCGCUCCAUAUAAAUAACUAUGUAUUAUAUUAUAUUGUAAUAAUAUAGAGUUGCCGCAGCCCGUUACUGCUCCCGCCGCAGAUCGAUCUAGAAUGUAAAUUAUUAUGUUAGACUUCUUCUAGCACGGAGAAAAGCGAAAAAAAGUUGAACUAUUCGAGUAGAAUGAGCGAAUCUAUUUAUAAAUUUAUCCAUUUUGCGAAAGAUCCUAAUGCAUUAUAAUUUCCACACAGUCGAGAUGUGACAUUAUUGCAACGUAUUCAUAUUAAUUCGUAUUCUGUCCUUAGCGUUGUAUGAAAUCUUGUAAGAAAAAAAUUUUCUCAACGUUGUAUACACUCUCCUAAUUCUUAUUCUUUAUUAUUAUAAUUACUGUAUAAUGGUUAUUAAUAUAUUAUUACCAGUGUUACCAAUGUCGAUUUUUAAUCGUAAUACAAAUGCAAAAUUCGAAAGUUACAAAUUCAAAUUUUUACGAAAUUAAUCUUUUACGUGAUCAUAUGUGUACAUACAUAUAUAUAUAUAUAUGUGUAUACAUAUAUGUUUCGUGUGUAUGUUAUUUUUCACGAAACAAAUUUCGGUAACAUUGAUAAUCAUUUGUUAUAUAUUUUUCAUUAUGUUCAUUUAAUAUUUUUAUUAUUAUUAUUAUUACGGACUACUAUUGCCGCACGCUCUAUUACUAUUAUUACUACUAUAAACACUAUUACCACUCUACUACCACUUACUACUACUAUUACUACUACUAUUACUACUAUUACUGUGCUGCUAUUAAUUAUUAUUAAAAAAAAAAAAAAAAAAAAAAAACGUUUAUCACAAUAUACAGACUAGCUAGGGCAUACCAAUUUGCACGUUUAAGGACAAGUGGGGCUUACUUGUCAUACUUGAGAAACAGUAUGACCGAUCUCAUUGACCAUUAACGCUGCCCCAUUCUACAUACUUCCAUCCUAUUAAGAUAGAUAUGCCUGAGUGAGUAAACGAAAGUGAAUCGAAGGAGUAAACACGAAUAAAACAUUUAACGUUUUUUAAUUGACGUUAGUUCGCACUAUUCGUGUUUACUUCUUGCUCGUUAUUUGGUCUCAUGCAUAUCUACCUUUUUACCCCUCGAUUCCGUCGUACGACGACUUAUAGAGACUCCUUAGCAUUCAUGUCGGAGAUAAUAAAAUGCGCUUAUGUGUAUAAAGAGAGACAGAGAGAGAGAGAAAGAAAGAAAGAGAGAGAGAGAGAGAAAGUGAAAGAGAGACUAAAGAGGUAUAUUAUAUCACACACCACGCCGUAAAAAAAAAAAAAAACAAACAUUUUAAAUAAACUAAAGGACAUAUAUAUAUAUGUGUGUAUAUGUAUAUACACACGUACAUAUAUAUUAUAUAUAUAUAUAUAUCUAUUCAUGAUAUUAUGCUGCUGUGCGCGUAGAGCGCAUGCCUUUAAAGCGCAACUUUCGUUACGGAAGUAAUCAAGGAUGAGUAAAACAGCAUUUGUUUUGUGUUCUAGAAUAUUCUACAAGUACUUUUAUAUACAUUCUAUUUUUUUAAGCGAAAAUACAUACCUUUAUAUUUUCCUCGAUAUUUGCGGAAUGUCAGAGCAAAAACGUAUGCUGGGUAAAAUUAUUUCCAUCUUUUCUUCCUAAAGAGCUAUGCGUACCCCAUUACGCUUCACGUAAAUUGAAUUUUUUUACUUCGUGUUCUGCGUUAAAUUUUUUUUUUUUAAUAGAAAAGAUUGACGAUUUAACAAAUUGUGUAGUUCUGCUAACGAUGAAGGAUUAAUUAACGAACUUAUUCAUCCUUGAGACGUGAACUUGCUUUAGGGCAGCGCGAAUACUGUGCGGAGCGUGUGCAUGUACAGUGUAAAAGAUGGGGAAUAUGUAUUGUGGAUAUGUACAGUGUAGAGGUAUAAUUGAGCGAGCAAAGUGAUAAAAAAAAAAAAAAACCGUGCGUAUAUAUAUUAUAGCUACGAAUAAGUAUAUAUAUAUAAGGCGCGAACGGAUGCACCUGUCGCGUGACGAGCUGUUUACUUUCAUCAUCGAAACACACACGCGUUUUUUCCUCUUUCCUUUUCUAUUCUCCCCGCGCUCAAUUCUUCUGCAGCCAGUCAUAUAUUCGCACGAGCGGCGGGAUUUUUUGUACGUUCUGUUGUUGCGCGACGCGUGCACCCGAUCGGCGAGCCUCGUCUAUCUUGUAAAAUAUCUGUGAAUAUUAUGAUUUAGUUUCUUCCUAUAUUUGUAGGUCACACACACGCAAGUAUAAAAAGAACAGAAUGUUUAGUUUAUUUAAGGAAGAUAUUGUACAGAUAUUACACAGACACGCUAUAUUCUUUUUUUUUUUGUUUUUUUUUGUUUUGUGUUUUACUGUAGUUAUUGAUAAUUAUAUGGAUAUUAACGAUAAUAAUAACUAUGAUUAAAAAAAAAAAAAACCACUUAA